AUGGCCUUCCCUCAAGCUACAAUCGCCAUUACGGGAUCUGGUGGAAUAGGCACCAGCAUAGCCCGUCGCAUUGCCAAUGGUCGACGCAUCUUCUUGUCGGAUGUUUCGCAGGUGAACCUCGACGGAGCUGCCGAGGCGCUGCGUCGAGAUGGUCAUACCGUAGAGACACACCUCGUCGACGUCUCCAAGUAUGACCAGGUCAAGGCUUUCGCCGACGCAGCUGCUGCCUCCACUGCGCUGCAAGCUGUCAUACACACAGCGGGCGUGUUUCCCAGCCAGGGAUCGAUUUCUCAAAUCAUGGAAGUCGACUUGCUGGGCACGGCCAAUGUACUCGAUGCAUUUUACGAGGUAGCCAUGCCAGGUCAAUCAAUUGUCUGUGUCGGCAGCGGCUCCGCCCACGUCAUGAAGGAGGAGGUUCCAUUGGAAGUGCUAGACCAUCUAGCUCGUGCGCACCGCGACGCUCUGCUUUCCCACCCAGCCAUCCAAGCAACUGUGAGCCCUCUGCUCGCGUACCAAAUCGCCAAGCGAGGCAGCCUUGCGCGCGUCCAGCUGAUGGCCAAAGAGUUCGGCUUGAAGGGCGCACGGGUCAACAUCAUCUCACCUGGCAUGAUAGCAACGGAGAGGGGCAGGCUGGAGUUGGAAGGCGACAUGUUGCGGGCGUACAUUGAGAUGCUCACAAAGGAGUGCGCAAUCGACAGGCUUGGUACUGUGUAUGAUGUGUCAAACUUGGUCGAGUUCUUGGUUUCGGACCGGGCAUCCUUCAUCUCGGGGGCGGACGUUGUCGUUGAUGGUGGUGUUGCUGCGGCGCAACGUUGGAAAAGGGAAUGA